CUGUCCAUGCGCAUCCUAUAAAAGUGAGUAGAAAAUAUCGAAACUUUCUCUUCUCAAUCACUGCACAAUAUUCACAUCAAAAAAAUUUCCUACACAAUGAAGCUCGCCUUCGUCGUUGCUCUUCUCUCCGCCUUCACCCUCCCAGCGUUCGCAGAGCCCGCAUAUGUCACAUGGGACGCUACGUACGGCAACCCUGAGGGCUCCCUCAAUAGUGUCUCUUGCUCUAACGGCAAGAAUGGUCUUGUGACCAAGGGGUACACCACUUUUUCCUCCAUCCCUUCAUUCCCCAACAUCGGAGGUGCCCCAGGCAACUCCUGGAACUCCACCUUGUGUGGUUCCUGCUGGAGCCUCAAGUACCCCACGCCUAGUGGCAGCCAGAUCACUGUCUACAUCACCGCUGUCGAUAAUUCGUAUCAAUUCAAUAUCUCACCACAGGCAUUCGGAGAGUUGACUGACGGCACUGGCUUCGAGGCCGGUAAAGUGAAAGUUAGAGCUAUUCGUGUUGAUCCUAGCAAGUGUGGCAUGUAGAGGCAGAAGGUCGAAAUUCUCUUUGGUAUCGCACGGGCCAAACCCACCUCCAACUACGGUAUAGUCAGUAAAUACACAUAACGGACUCCUUUUCUUCUUCUUUUCCCCCUGUUUUGUGCUCAUGCAGUUACCGUGGACGUUUACAAUGCUGUAAGAGUUGAAUGCAUUGAUGGUUUAGUUGUCG